AUGACUGGUGCUAAAUCAUGUGCUACCCUCAUAUCCUCUCAGCCUUUUCAUACUGACUCUCCUUCAUAUUCUCUUGAAGACACACAAACAUAUAGAGUUAUCAUUAUGGCAUUACAUUACCUCACUUUUAGUCGUUCUGAUAUCUCUUUUGCUCUUAGCAAGUUAUCACAGUUCCUACAAGCUCCUUCUCUAGCUCAUUUGAUUGGUGCUAAACGUGUUCUCAAAUACUUAAAGGGUACACUGAACAAUGGAUUACCAUUUCAACCAACCACCUCUAAUCCCUUUGACAUUAAAGCCUUUUCUGAUUCAGAUUGGGCAAGUGAUCAGGCUGAUAGAAGGUCCACUACAAUCUUUGUUAUCUUUUUGGGACAAAAUCCCAUUUCAUGGGUGGCUAAGAAACAAACCACAGUAUCUAGAAGCUCAACGCAAGCUAGGUAUAGAGCACUUGCCAUCACUGCAGUUGAAGUCUUUUAG